AAUAUAGAGAAAACAUGGCACAACCCACAGUUAAUGUAGCUGGCUACUUGGCUAAUCAAAAGAAAACCACAAAUAAAGAAUUGGCUGCCGAAUGGGCCACUUUGGAAGAUUUGUACAAUGAGAAAUUGUGGAAUGAAUUGACAAUUAAAUUGAAUAAAUUUGUCCGUCAUGCCUCAAUGCAGGAUGAAGAUGCCCUAUUGCAGUUGUAUCAAAAUUUCCUACAGACAUUUGAAAUGAAAAUCAAUCCCUAUGGUCUGGUGGAAAUUGUCGAAGUAAUUGUUGACCACAUCACCGACAAAAAGGAGGCAAUUGAAUUUUUAAAUAAAAUCAAGGAUAAGGUUAAGAUUUGUGAUGAAGCUGUUUGGUAUACUCAGGUCAUACAAGGUAACAUCUAUUUGUCGCAACUCAACGAUUUGGAUGCCUGCAAGAAGAUUAUUGAAGAAUUACGUGACACCUUGGAAGAUGUGGGUAAUGUAACACCAGUUCAUGGCAAAUAUUAUAUGUUGGCCUCGGAUUACUACCGUCGUGUGGGUAAACACAGUGAUUAUUAUCGUUGUGGUCUACAGUUUUUGGGUUGUUCCAUUGAUAAUUAUCCCAAAGAUCAAUGGGCCCAACAGGCAUUCUGUUUGGGUUUGGCUGCCCUUCUCGGCGAGGGUAUCUACAAUAUUGGUGAAUUGCUGGCCCAUCCAAUUUUAACUGCCUUAAAGGGUACCGAAAAUGAAUGGUUGGUCGAAUUACUGAAUGCAUUUAACACGGGUGAUAUUAAAAAAUUCAAUGAAAUGAAACCCACUUGGUCGAAAAUACCCGAUCUGCUUGCCCAUGAAAUAAAAUUGCGUCAAAAAAUCUCUCUACUCUGCUUAAUGGAAAUGACAUUUAAACGUUCGGCCACACAACGUUCCAUUACAUUUGAAGAUAUUGCCGAAGAAACCCAACUGCCUUUGAAAGAAGUUGAAUUGUUGAUUAUGAAGGCGCUGGCCUUGGAUUUGGUUAAAGGUGAAAUUGAUCAAGUUGCCGGUGUGGUGAAUAUGUCAUGGGUCCUUCCUCGUGUCUUGGAUCGCAAACAAAUCGCCAGUAUGGCAACAACCUUGGAUCACUGGAUGACAAGUAUUACAUCAAUGGAAAAACUCAUGGAAACACGUGCUGCUGAAAUUCUAACCAACUAGUAAUUGGGGAAAUAAAG